UAAAUAAAACCACCACAUAUCCCUCAUGAAAUAACAUGUGACAAAUUACUGUAGAAAUCAGUCUGUAAUGAUAGUGUGCUGUCAUUUCCCAGUGAAGAUACUCUUCUGAUUGGUUAAAAGAAUUCCCUUGUGGCAUGAUCAAUCAGAAGCACUAUCUUAUUUGGGCAGUGUGACACAUCGUUACUCUCACUGGAAUUUCUGUGCUGGAUCCUCAGGCAUCAUUUUGUGGGGAAAGCAGUGGUGGGGUUACAAACUGUCCAGUGGUGGAUCCAGGGGAGGGGCCUGGGGGGCCUGGGCUCCCCCCAAUUAUUCUGAGACCAAAUUGAGGCCCUAAAGGUCUGGAUCCACCACUGCUGUCAGCUGUUUUUUUUUAUGCUAGAAUUUUCAGAAUUCGUACACUGCAGGUGUAAUGAUUCAAUCAGUUACUGUAUUUUUUUGAUUAAGCAGCUGGGCACUCAUAUUUUCACCUUUUUAAACAAGAAGUGGCUGGGUGUUUAUUAACUUUUCCCACCUACAGAAUGAGUGCUUAUUCGAGGUGGGAGCUUAUUUAAAGUUGGGUGCAUAAUCAAAUAAAUAGAGUAACAAUAUUAUUAAAGGUCAAAGUGAAAGACAACAAGAGAAUUAAGAGAUUAAUCAUUAUCGUUAUUAUCUUUAAUAAUAUUAUUAUCUCAUUAGUAAGCCUAAUUAGUAAUUCAUUUAAUUGUAAACUAUACAAAUGUCUGCCACACAAAAAACCUUCCUGCAUGCUAAAAACAAGGGGUUAAUGGGAAUAUUAUACAUAUGGAAAAGUGUGAUUUAUCACCCCCACCCCCUCACCACCACCACCAUUACACCCUCUGCAAAACAUGUAAAAAUUAACUUUGUAAGGGUCACACUGAACAUUAUUACGUCACCUCCAGAAAUACUAACCUAGCUGGAGUUACCAACACUCCACCAUCAACUGAUUCCUCACCUCCACCUAGGAAAAAUGACCAACCUUUCCUAAUUGAUCCCCAUCAUUUGAAAAUUGACAGGCAGACCCUUCUAUCAUGGUCCACAUGGUCCAGUUUUUGGCAAAACAGUGAUUUUGCAUUUUGUGAAAAUUAGGCUUUAAGUCCUAAUGUCGUGGGAAAAAAAUAUUAGCAGUUGCUUAACCCUUUUAAGGCUCUAAGACUGAUCAGCAUUGAAUUUCUCCUUGUUACAGUAUACCUAUAAAAAACAUAGUACUCACAACAAGAAUUAAGAAAGUGAUCACAAAAGAUGAAUAAAGUUUUGUAUUUUAGCAACUUCUCCCCAUUACCUCUGGAGGGAAUGACUAUGGGUAACAAAAUGAGAAUUUGAAUUUUGAUAUCAGGGUGUAAAGAGUUAAAGUCACUUGGGUCACAUUUAUGGCAUACGAGGCGAUUGAUUAGCCCUGCCUCAACAUAUCACCAAGGAAAGUGAGAAAACCUAUGAUUAGAUGGGGAAAUGAGAAGAGGAAGGAAGGGAACAAGAUGUUUUCCUCCCACGAGCUACCCUUAGUUCCCAGUGUUAUUUUCACGUUUACUCAGGGCGUUAGGUUUAUAAGGUACUUGAGACUAAAUUGAAAUCUAUUUUAAUUUUUAAGAUUCUGGUUACAAGCACUGUAUGGAUUCCUUUCUAUUCAGCCUUGUGAACCCAUCUGGAGCCACACAAACAAAGCUACCACUCAAGGGAACUGCAAACAAUUAUGGAAUCUAUUGCAAUAGUUCAUAUGGGCCAACGUUUGGGGGAGGACAUGAUCUUAAAAUCGGCAAUGACGGAAAUACAAAUACUGAUAGCUACAGCCAGCUGGACCACACCUAUGAAUGUCCACCACAUGCAGCAAAUACAACAUUUCUGGUUGGGAACAAGAAUUUUACUGUCGAUGAGGUGGAAGUGUUUGUCUUUCAAGAGUAGGCAGGUCUAUUCGAUAAAGUUUAAAUGUGCAAGAAAAUUGAAAGAACAAAAUCCUUGCUCUUCGUCUAUUAAAUAAUUGAGAUGGUGAUUCCCUGGCUGUUCCGUGUGACAAAGACAUAGUAAAAUCUGUAUCAACUGGGGAUUACGAAGCCGCUCAGGUCGACGAUUUUUAAAACCUUUAAAACUCUUCAGUUUUUAUUAUUGAUAAGCACAUUCAAGCUGAACCACCCUAAAAAAGUAUUAGGCCCGACGAUUUCAUCAAACUCAACUAUUACUUGCACUUAAAUCAGUACGGAAUCUACUGCACUUACUUCAACAACUUAUUAAUAAUUCAUAAAGAGAAAAAAAAGAAAUCAACGUUUAGUGAGUGUCUUUAAAUUCGAUAAAGACACGGCUGAACUUAAUUUUUUAGACCAAAAUAACCCCAAAUUUGAAUAUUAGUGCAAGAAUGAGCUGAUCUAUAUCAGGGAUUUUGAAGCUGUUCAAAAAACUCACAGUCGAAUGUUAUCAUCUUCGCCUCGAGUUUUUAAAAAUGAUAAUACACUCCUGCUCAUUUUUUAAAGAGUAUUUAAAACACCGCGACCAUGCAAUUUUAAGGCCAGAAAUUUGAGUUUGAGCUUAUUUUCUUGAUUCUCCCCGUAGACGACCACCUCUCGUAAGCGACCACUUUGUUGUCUACCAUGGUUGGUCGCUUACGAGAGAGUUGACUUCAUUUUCUUCACUAAAUACAUCGAUCAAAGGUAACGUUAAGAAAAAGACUGCUUUAGAACGAGUAUCAUUACAAAAUUCACUUGGGCAAGUCUCUUGGUCAUGUGGGUAAACAACUUCUCGCAGGUGCCGGAUGUCCUGGUACGGUUUUGGUCACUCCUGGUUUUGGAUUCUUUGGAUUC